GCAACGCACUGUCAAAUUUGUGCUGUUCACUCGCUUUCCCCAUCUCCUUCUCUCAUAUGAGAUCUCUGUAGAAUCUAUUGCCGGUUCAUUUUCACCUGUCGGUGGGCAAUUCUACUUGUUCCUCCAUAGUUUCUGGUUACCGGGGUUCCGAAAAUGAAGAUCAUUGACAAGAUAAAUGCAGCUACUGGAGGAGUUGGACUACCAGAUGGCCAUUCUAAUGGAGGAGCAGAGCCCAACAACAACAGGGUCGUCUUCUCCUUCGAAUUCUUCCCUCCGAAGACAGAGGAUGGAGUCGAUAAUCUCUUCGAGAGGAUGGACCGAAUGGUAUCUCACAACCCAUCUUUCUGCGACAUCACCUGGGGUGCUGGCGGCUCCACUGCAGAUCUGACUCUCGACAUCGCUAAUAAGAUGCAGAACAUGAUCUGUGUGGAAACCAUGAUGCAUCUUACUUGUACUAAUAUGCCUGUUGAGAAGAUUGACCAUGCUCUCGAAACUAUCAAAUCUAAUGGCAUCCAAAAUGUUCUCGCACUUCGUGGUGAUCCUCCUCAUGGCCAGGAUAAGUUCGUACAGGUUGAAGGUGGCUUCGCUUGUGCUCUUGAUCUGGUGAAACAUAUCAGAUCCAGAUAUGGUGACCACUUUGGCAUUACUGUUGCUGGUUAUCCAGAGGCUCAUCCGGAUAUGAUUGGAAGUGAUGGGUUGGCUACACCAGAGAAUUACCAGAAAGAUCUCGAGUACUUGAAGCGAAAGGUUGAUGCUGGAGCUGAUCUAAUUGUUACACAACUGUUCUAUGAUACUGAUAUUUUCCUGAAAUUUGUGAAUGACUGCCGCCAAAUUGGAAUAAAAUGCCCUAUUGUUCCUGGAAUUAUGCCCAUUAAUAACUACAAGGGCUUCUUAAGAAUGACUGGCUUUUGCAAAACAAAGAUACCAGCAGAGGUUACUGCUGCAUUGGAGCCUAUUAAGGACAAUGAAGAAGCUGUCAGAGCCUAUGGAGUUCAUCUUGGUACUGAAAUGUGCAAGAAGAUUUUAGCUCAUGGCAUCAAGACAUUGCAUCUUUACACACUAAACAUGGAGAAAUCAGCAUUGGCUAUAUUAAUGAAUCUUGGUUUGAUUGAGGAGUCCAAGGUAGCCAGGUCAUUACCAUGGAGACGCCCUGCAAAUAUUUUCCGUGUAAAGGAAGAUGUUCGUCCAAUAUUUUGGGCUAAUCGUCCCAAGAGCUACAUAUCAAGAACCCUAGGCUGGGAGCAGUACCCACACGGCCGAUGGGGGGAUUCUGGUAAUCCAUCCUAUGGCGCUUUAACCGACUAUCAGUUCAUGCGACCACGUGCUCGUGACAAGAAACUUCAUGAUGAAUGGGCAACUCCGCUCAAUAGUAUUGGAGAUAUUUCUGAGAAAUUUAAAAGAUACUGCCUUGGGAAGUUGAAAAGUAGUCCUUGGUCCGAAUUGGAUAGCCUUCAACCAGAGACAAAGAUCAUUAACGAACACCUGGGCAAGAUAAACUUGAAGGGGUUCUUGACUAUCAAUAGUCAACCAGCAGUGAAUGGGGAAAAAUCUGAUUCCCCAUCUGUUGGUUGGGGAGGACCAGGAGGAUAUGUUUAUCAGAAAGCUUACUUGGAGUUUUUCUGCUCCCCAGACAAACUACAAAUUCUUGUUGAAAAAUGCAAGUCUUUCCCUAGAUUGACUUAUGUGGCUGUGAACAAAGGAGGGAAUUUGAUAUCUAACGUCGGCUCAAAUGAUGUGAAUGCCGUAACCUGGGGAGUCUUCCCAGCAAAGCAGAUUAUCCAACCAACUGUUGUCGAUCCUGCCAGCUUCUUCGUGUGGAAGGACGAGGCAUUUGAAAUCUGGUCUAGAGGAUGGGCUUCCUUCUACCCAGAGGGUGAUCCAUCCAGAAAAUUGCUUCAAGAGGUGCAGAGCAACUACUUCUUGGUGAGCUUGGUAGAUAACGAUUACAUCCAUGGUGAUAUAUUUGCAGUUUUUGCAGAUUUAUGAGGGUAGCUGCUUCGGGCAGCUCCUCCAUUUUCUAAGAUCCCAUUCAAGCCACUCAAAAUGUUGCAUUUAUCAGAAGUUUAAUUAUAGUUGUGUUUCAUUGUGUUGGUUUUUGAAUUGUUAAUGAUAUGUAAUAAUAAUUCAUUGGGAUUUUGAUACCUCCCUCUGGGUUAUGGUGCAACAGUCCAUUUGAAUUGGAAGCUAAUUUACUGGCCUUAAUCAUAAUAUAUAUUAUUAUUAUUAUUGAA